AAUCGUUUAGGGACAAAACACAAACUCGAAUCAAGGGAAUGUUUUCAAGUCUUUAGACAUCAAAAUGCGAGUCAUCUACUUCAGGAAACAUGCUUGGACUAUCCUACUAGCUGUUUGUAUCUUCAUUGGUGGAAAUAUCGUCCUUUUUUACAAGUUUAUGGCUCGAAAAGAGCUUCAACAUAGAAGAGCCCAAAAGAUAGCCAAGCAGUACUUCGAGAACCUGAAUGUUAAACCAAGCUCAAGGCUAGCGAAUCUAGCUAAUUAUAUUAAUAAGAAGAAUGUAGAUGAUUCUUUAGGCAACUUGCCUGGGUCUAAAACAGAUCAAAUUGUGGCUAAUACCGCCAAAGACGUUAGUACAAGCAAAGUUGCUAUAGGAACCAGACCAGAAUUAAGAGAUAUCAGUAACUUAGGCACUCAAAAUAAUUUGGUAAUCAAGAAUGAAAGAUCUGAUUCAAUCCAACAAGGAGAGAAGAAGUCUCAGCUGUUAACUCGAGAGAAAGAGCCAGGUGGUAAUGCAAUGAUUAGUCCAGCAGAAAAUUACAAGUUUGGAAUACUGGUGAUUUCCUGCAAUAGACCAACUGUUAAACGUUGCCUUGAUUUAUUGAUCAAGUACCGUCCCUCACCAGAGAAAUUCCCCAUUGUUGUAAGUCAGGAUUGUGGGGAUUCCAAGACUGCUGCUGCUAUCAAAUCCUAUGGUGAUCAAGUUACUCAUAUUCAACAACCAGAUUUAGGGGACGUCAAGGGAGUACCUGGUAAUAUGUUUCAUUUCAUGGGUUACUACAAGAUUAGUAGGCAUUACAAGUGGGCUUUGACGCAAAUGUUUGACGUGAUGAAGUAUGAGGCGGUAGUUAUUGUGGAGGAUGAUCUUGACAUAGCUCCAGACUUUUUCGAAUACUUUACUGCUACAAGACCACUGCUUGACCAAGAUCAAAGUUUAUGGUGCGUAUCUGCAUGGAAUGAUAAUGGAAAAGAGGGAAUGGUAAGAGGAAAUGAUCUGCUGUAUAGAACUGACUUCUUUUCUGGCCUUGGAUGGAUGCUUACUAAAAAGGUAUGGGACGAAUUAAGUUCAAAAUGGCCCCUAGGGUUUUGGGACGACUGGAUGAGAGAUCCUGCACAACGUAAAGACAGGGCUUGCAUACGCCCUGAAAUUUGCCGAACCAGAACAUUCGGGAAAGUUGGUGUCAGUAGAGGUCAGUUCUUCGAUCAACACCUGAAAUAUAUCAAACUUAAUGACCAGCCUUAUCCUUUUACUAAAACUGAUCUGUCUUACCUAUUGAAGGAAAACUAUGAUCCACAGUUUAAGAAUAAAAUAGGUCUCAUUCCAGUGGUAACUGUACAGCGGUUGCAAACAUCAGACUCUCAUUUACCAAAAGUCAAAGUUCGGUAUUCUUCAAAUUCUGAUUUUGAGCAUAUUGCAAAAUCAUUGGGAGUUAUGUCUGAUUUUAAAGCAGGUAUAGCAAGGAUGUCAUAUCAUGGGGUAGUUAGCUUUAUGUUCAAGGGAACUAGAGUGUUUAUAGUUCCAGAGCACCAGAUAUAAAUAGAGAAGAUUGGUUUUAACUUGCACAUGAAUUAGGCUAAUGUCAGAAAUAAAGAAAAUAAAACAAAAGCAACUAUGAAUGGUCCAUUAGUGAAUCUAGGGGUUUUGAGUAGGGGUUGCAAAAUUUACAAUCGUUAACCAAUUUUAAACAAGAAAGGGGACUGCAUGGUCACCUUGUUCUAAUUUCCCCUAAAUCCGCCACUGGGGUCACUAAUAAUAAGGUUCAACCCAACUAGGACUAAAGAAGACCACCAUUGUCUAAAUGGCCAGGGGGGACUUAUGGUAGACUAGUAUGUGUAAGAAUAGAAGUUGGAGUUGGUAUUUAAAACUAAGGGGUUGUGUUUAUAGAUACUGAUAGGUUUCUAUGGUUUUGGUGUGAAUUUUCAGACUGAGCUUGUCCCCCUACCCCCUGGGGGUACUCUUGCCCAUUUAGGGUAGGGAUGUGCUGCUGAGCCCUCUGAACCAUGACCCUGUUCCAGAAAAAAAUCACCGACAUUCAUACCCUGUUCCAGAGCAAGAUCUCUGAAAAUCAUACCCAGUUCCCGCAUUGUGAAAAUAGAUACCGUCCCAGAGAGGAGAGAGUGUGAUUUCAUAUACCCUGUCCUAGAUCGAGCAUGAUUUUAUAUACCUUGUUCCAGAGUAAAAUCGCUGAAAACCAUACCCACUGUUUGGUGGUAUGUACCUGUAUAGCGAAUAUAGGGGAGUACCCCCCUGGGCCCUACCCCCCAGUCCACCCCACCCUGAGACUUGUACACCA